CCAAUCAGCGCGCGGCUCGGCCCUCUGCCCCGCUCCUUUAGUGAAAGAAUCCGACGCCGCUCGGAAAGUUACCUGCGCGCGCCCGGCCCGGCCGCUCUCCGCGCCGCUCCCCACAUGCGAGGGGGAGGGGGCUGGGGCCGUACCUGCGCGGCGCUGCGCUGCCCCGGCGGCGGAGCGGGGCCAGGGGGGCACGGCAAGCAGAAUUACCUGUAGCUCUGGUUCUGCCGCGCCGGGCGUUCGCGCGCACCUUCACCUGCACAGACCUGAAAGUCCAGUUCCACCGGGGAGACCGAGCGCCGGGAAAGGGGAGCGAGUUCAUUGGAGCAAACAUGUCACAAGAGACGGACAAUAACAAGCGACUUGUGGCCUUAGUGCCAAAUGACACUUCAUUCAACACCAGACGAGCCUACACCAGCGAAGAUGAAGCGUGGAAGUCGUAUUUGGAGAAUCCCCUAACAGCAGCUACCAAGGCCAUGAUGAGCAUAAAUGGUGAUGAGGACAGUGCUGCUGCCCUUGGCCUAUUAUAUGACUAUUAUAAAGUUCCCAGAGAUAAAAGGCUGUUGUCUGUUAACAAAGUGAAUGAUAAUCAAGAAGACCAAGAUAAAAGAAAUUGUCUCAGUUCCACGGAAGCUCAGAGUAAUUUGAGUGGGGGAGAAAACCGUGUGCAAGUCCUGAAGACAGUGCCUGUUAACCUUUCCUUGAACCAAGACCCAUUGGAGUCAUCCAAGAGGGAGUACAACACAAAUGUGUCUGGCAGCUCCACGCCAAUUACGGGGACUGCAGUGACUGUGAUAAAAGCAGAAGAGUUCACCCCUGUUUUCAUGACCCCACAAGCACACUAUACGAGAGGAGAAAAUGAGGAGCACCGAGGGGUUAUCUUUGAACCGUAUGAAGUGUCCAACAUUGCUCCCCACACCAAUUAUCUCAAAGAUGAUCAGCGCAGUACUCCUGACAGUACCUACAGUGACACCUUCAAAGAUGGAGGAACAGAAAAGUAUCGCAGCGUGUCAGUGGGGGCUGAAGAAUACAUUUAUGAACAAACAAGCACUUUUCAGUAUACACUAGAAGCUACCAAAUCUCUGCGUCAAAAGCAAGGGGAGGGGCCUAUGACCUACUUAAACAAAGGACAGUUCUACGCCAUUACGCUGAGCGAGACGGGUGACAACAAAUGUUUCCGGCAUCCGAUCAGCAAAGUCAGGAGCGUGGUCAUGGUUGUUUUUAGUGAGGAUAAAAACAGAGACGAGCAGCUGAAGUACUGGAAAUACUGGCAUUCCCGGCAGCACACAGCAAAGCAGAGGGUCCUUGACAUCGCUGAUUACAAAGAGAGUUUUAAUACCAUUGGGAAUAUUGAAGAAAUUGCCUUCAAUGCCGUGUCCUUUACUUGGGAUGUCAAUGAGGAGGCAAAGAUUUUCAUCACAGUGAACUGCUUGAGCACAGACUUCUCUUCUCAAAAAGGUGUAAAGGGGCUUCCUUUGAUGAUUCAGAUAGAUACAUACAGCUACAACAACCGCAGCAAUAAACCCAUCCACCGAGCCUACUGCCAGAUCAAGGUUUUCUGCGAUAAGGGAGCAGAAAGGAAAAUCCGAGAUGAAGAAAGGAAGCAGAAUAGGAAGAAAGGCAAGGGCCAAGCAUCCCAAGCCUCCUGUAAUAACUCAGCUGAAGGAAAGCUGAGUGCGCUCCCUCUGCAAAAAAAGAGUGAUAUAACUUUCUUCAAAACAAUGACUGACCUGGAUUCCCAGCCAGUUCUCUUCAUACCAGACGUUCACUUUGGAAACCUACAAAGAACUGGACAGGUUUACUAUAAUACAGAUGAUGAGAGAGAAGGUAGCAGUGUCCUGGUCAAGAGGAUGUUCCGACCUGUGGAGGAGGAGUUUGGUCCAUCCCCUUUGAAACAAAUGAAAGAAGAAGGCCUGAAAAGAGUGCUUUUAUAUGUGAGGAAGGAGACAGAUGAGGUGUUUGAUGCCUUGAUGCUGAAAUCACCCACAGUGAAGGGGCUAAUGGAAGCGAUCUCUGAGAAAUAUGGAUUGCCAGUGGAAAAGAUUGCAAAACUUUAUAAGAAGAGCAAAAAGGGUAUCCUGGUAAACAUGGAUGACAACAUUAUUGAGCACUACUCCAAUGAGGACACAUUCAUCCUGCACAUGGAAAGCAUGGUUGAAGGCUUCAAGAUCACACUGACUGAGAUCUAGCCUCAGACCAGAGCCCUUUCGUAAAGAACCCACAGCAUUUCAUUCUUCUUGGAAAGCAGAAGAUGCCUAUGGAAGUUGACAGACAUUGAUCAGAGAAACUGUUACAAGACUGCUUUGAAAAUAUUGUCCGUUCUGCACAUGCACACCUACUGCAUACAGGCUUGGGUUCGUCAAGCACAAGGCCACUCAUGUUAACCUGGUCCCUUAUUUAUUGCUCCCCACUCUCCAUUGUACAAGCAGUUACCAGCCCCCAGAUUUGUAAUCAGAUGACCCACUGCAAAUGUGAAAUGCAGCAUUUUAGUCCAUGCUUUAGUGUGGAUAACCUCAUUCUAAAAUAUAGUGAGGAACUUUGCUGGUCCAGCUUCAGAAAUCUUAUGUAAAUCUCUUUGCCAGUAGUUCUCUCCUCUCGCUAAAAACAGUGCUAAAGGUGGGGAAAGUGGCUGACAGAGUUCACUUGCUCAGACCAAUCCAUAUCUCUCUCUAGUGUAUAGUCUUGCCAAAUACCUCUGGUAGUUCUCAGCAUGUAGCAAUGAGGACUUGUAAGUAAGGCAUUCAGCUACAAAUGUCACUUGUAAGUAAAUGGUAAAGAAACCAUUUUAACCUUGUAUAUAAUGUUUAUAAUAUGCAAUAAUAUAUUUUAACUACUGUAUGUGGGCACGUUUAUUGCCACUAUGUUUUUGUAUGUAUUGGGCUUAGGGUUUAACAGAAUAUUUCCUAGAAGAUUAGAUUUCUGCAAUCUGUUAAGGAGUGUGUACUGAGAAUCUGAGUCUGCAUUUGUGCACUCCAUCCCUGCCCACCCAGUUUUAUACUGAAAUAUUGGAGCAAACAGUGCUACAGCAUUUGGAGUGCACUGACACUGUGGGACCCACCUUUGGUGCCCAGGUCUCAAACACAGACACCUGAGUACUCCGUCCAGCUUUCACCAAAUCAUAGAAGCACCCCUGUGUCUGGUGUGCCUAGAGGCCUGUUCUCUUAGUGAAGCGAGGGCUCUCAAAAUGAGCCUGUCUCAAACCCCAACAAACUGCUCAUUAAAGCAUUCCUCUACACUGCAAGAAACUUCAGACAUCUUCUUAAGGGAGUUUGCUCUUGUAUCUCCAAGGAAUGAUUCUGUUUUGACUCCUAGUGCAGUUCAAUGAGGUAAAAAGUUGGGCUUGAUGUAAAUAUUUUACAGGCUGGAUCUGAACCCGGGGUGAACUAUGCAGUCACACCAUCAAGUUCCACAUCUGUCACAGGAAUUCUGAGAGAGAAAGGCUACAGCCUAAUCAUACCAGGAAAGGAGUCCAAGGCCUGGAUGUCCCCAGCAAAUGCAAACCUGGCACCUGUCUCUCUACUUUUCAGUUCCUCUUCCUGUCUUAGAUUGCUCCUCACACAGUGAACAAUCCUGUGGUUUUCAAUUGUAAGCAUUUCAUUUCCCAUGCACUGUGCAGGGAUCCCAUGAGACAGGCAGAAAUGUGAGGCCUUUCCUACGAACAACCUUUAGAGUUUUAUUGGUUCUUCCUUCUAAAGACUCUUUUUCACUUAGUCACAGUAUUUUUUCAUUAGCUGGUUAAUGACGUAAAGAAACACUGCAGAGUUUAAUGGGGCUCCUUCUCUCGUGGUUUGAGCUGUGGGAGCUAUUUACAUCCAAGCAAAGUAGUUGGAAAAGCUAACCAAUCUGAUUCUAUCAUAUUUCUGCAUCAAUUGUCUUGCAAGCUCUUGCAAUUUCUUAACUUCAUUAGUGAUAGCAUCCCAUUAAAAUUUGAUCUUCAAACACAAAUGUCAGGUACCUGUCAAAGCUCCUGCACUGUCAGAGCCUAUGGAAGCUCUCUGCUACUUGUGUCAGGGUUAUCACUUCAGAAUCCAUACGCAUCUGGAAAGCAAAGUGUCUGUUUUGUCUGUCUUCUCUCCUUUUCUACUCAUCUGUUGUGUGUUCUUUCUGCUCCUGAUGCAGUCUUGUGUAGUAAUUCCAUUGUCUUUUUAUGGAUACAUACCCCAGUAAAAUGCUUUUGCUACAUUGCUUAAGGAUGGACAUCUUAGAUUGGAUACAGUGGAUACAGUGGAUUUGGGUAAUUUCAUUUAUUUUUGCUUGGCUCAGACUCAGAUAAAAAGUCUUUGCUGACAUGGCCCAGAUACUUUUCCACUCCCAAAAAACAGGACAGUUUUGACAGGCAGCAUUAAGAACCGGGGCCAGUACACAAGACUUGUGAGCAAUGCUGUUGGUUCUUGUAUUUAUCUCUUAUUUAAUGGUGUUUGGGAUUCCAAGGAAUUUAACUGAGAUUUCUCAGUUGGUCACGAUGUCCCAGCAGAGGCUGUGUGCUAAGCUCAGCAGUAAUCACAUGCAAGAUCUGAGCCCAGGUUCUGCCUCUAUCAGUGACUGUGGUGUCUGGGGCUGAGUUGUGGUGUGCCGCAUUAGGGGAUGUCAGUGAGAAUUUGAGGUUCACAGAGAAGGAUGGGACUGUCCUGGCAGCACCAGCACCCUUGUUAGUAUUUUAUCCUUGUAUUACAUAGAGGUGGAAUUCCCUUUGGUAAUUAGAGCUAGGCUCUGCUACAUGCUGCAACGUCCAGCUCUGAGGAGCAGUAUUGUAGAAUCACAGAAUGGCUUGCAUUGUAAGAGUCCUUGGAGCACACCCAUCCUCAGCCCCCUGCCAUGAGCAGGGCUACCACCUCCUAGCUCAGGCUGCCCAGGGCCCAUCCAAUCUGACCUUGAGCACCUCCAGGGAUGGGGCACUCACAGCUCUCUGGGCAGCUGUGCCAGUGCUGAACAACACCAGCUCCCUCAGCCUUUCUUCAUAGGAGAGGUGCUCCAGCAUCUUCAUGGUCUCCUCUAGACCUAUUCCAACAUCUCUGCAUCCUUCUUGUACUGGGGGCCCCAGGCAUGAAUCCAGUACUGCAGGUGGGGCCUCACGAAAGCAGAGCAGAAGGGGACAAUCCCCUCCCUCGCCCUGUUGUCCUCCCCUCUGUUGGUGCAGCCCAGGGUACAGUUGGCCUUCUGGGCUGCAAGGCACACUGCUGGCUUGUCAAACAUUUGUUCACCAGAACCCACAGUAUAGGAUCAGCAAAAGCUGCCAUGCUUCAGGAAAUGCUGGAGCUUAAGGAGCAGAGCUGCCUUUCCAAUGCCAUUUUAGGAGCUUUAGGUCAGGCACUGUCCAGGGAAGGAAAGUUGUUUCCAAGAUUAACUGAAAGCUUUUCUAAAUAUAUCUCUAAGUGUACAAAUUCCUGGUCAGUAGCAAGAGAGCUGAUCCCCCUGCCUUUAGCUCCAUCUUACAGUCUCACUGUAGAGAAGAGGGCUGAGGAGGAUGGAUAGCACUUAUCCAGGCACUAAGAAUAUUUUAGAACAACUACUGGAGCUAGUUAGGGAUGAUCUUCAUUAAGUUCAUUUACCUGCCAGGGCCUGAGGACUUUGUUUUUCUGCUCCAUAUGCCAAAUGCAUCACAAGCAUGUAAAUAAUUAUGAAGAGGAAAUCACCCUGCACUGGGUCAGUGUAGUUACAGCAUCAGUUGCCUCAGUAGCACUGAACCUCGGUGCUGGUCAUGGCAGCUACAAGGGUUCACCACUUCUGAGGGUUUGUUGCUCAAAAUCAGGACAUCAGUGUUGGGGAAGGGCCAGCACCAAAAAUGCAGACUUCUGAAGGAGGGACCCAUUCAAAGGCCACAAGGAGCAUAAAGUCUCAGUCUGUUGUUUAAAAUGUAUGUGUUGCUUUUGUUUCAUGAAGAAGUCUGACUAAUGCUGUGUCUUCCAAAUAUGAAGAGUUAAAUGGAAGUAAGAUUUGGCUGUCAUUUAGCACGAGACAGGAACGUCUUUGUUGCCUCCUUUUGUGGCACUGCUAUGGUUGUUUACUCAAGAGAACAAAACCGAUUUCCUUCUACAAGAGGACAGGCUGGAAUUUAGUGCAGCCUCGAGGCUGCUCAGCAUUGUUUCCAUACAAAGAGAGCAGUGCAGUGUCUGUAGAUGUCCUGUGAAAGACUGACAGUGGUGCAAAAGGCAGAGUAGCCUUCUAAGCUGUGGCCUUUGUUCCUGCUGCACAUUUGGCACUGUGUCUGCCCUUUUGAUCAUUUGCUAUAGAAACCCAAAUUUCAGACUCUGCUUUCCUUUCACACAGUCAGGUGCUUAUAUCCCCAAAAUGUAGUGCCUCCUUGCAGCGAAACUUCGUUGAUGUAUGGCAGCGUUCCCAUCAGGGUAUUUGGAGGACUUUUUAUCACUGAAUGUUAACUACAAAGAAAAUAGCUUCUUUUUUCUUUUUUCCUUUUUUUUUUUUCUUUUUUUCUUUCCUUUGUUUUUUUU